CUUACACGUAUUAGGCUUCACAUAAUAAUGAUCAUUAGAUUAUAUGUAUAUAUAGAGAGAACUAUGAACAUGUUUUUGCAUUGUCACUUUCUUCUUAAUACACUCUUUUCAUCUGUUUGUGUUAGCUAAACUAGAAGAGAGAUCAUGGCUCAAAAGGUCAAGAUUGGCAUCAAUGGAUUUGGAAGAAUUGGUCGUUUGGUUGCUAGGGUUGCAAUGCAAAGAGAUGAUGUUGAGCUUGUUGCUGUUAAUGAUCCUUUCAUCUCAAUUGAUUAUAUGACUUACAUGUUCAAAUAUGAUACUGUUCAUGGCCAAUUCAAGAACUGUGACGUUAAGACCAAGGAUGAUAAAACCCUUCUCUUUGGUAGUAGCUCAGUUUCUGUCUAUGGUUUCAGGAACCCAGAGGAAAUUCCAUGGGGUGAGGCUGGAGCUGAUUAUGUUGUUGAAUCCACUGGAGUUUUCACUGAUAAAGACAAGGCUUCUGCCCACUUGAAGGGAGGUGUAAAGAAGGUUAUAAUUUCUGCACCAAGCAAGGAUGCUCCUAUGUUUGUUGUUGGAGUCAAUGAAAAAGAAUACAAGUCUGAUAUUGCUGUUGUUUCUAAUGCUAGUUGUACCACCAACUGUCUUGCUCCACUUGCAAAGGUUAUUCAUGAAAAAUUUGGAAUUGUUGAGGGUCUCAUGAGCACUGUUCAUUCCAUGACUGCCACUCAAAAGACUGUUGAUGGACCAUCCAUGAAGGAUUGGAGAGGUGGUAGAGCNGCUUCCUGCAACAUUAUUCCUAGCAGUACUGGGGCUGCUAAGGCUGUUGCUAAGGUGCUUCCAGCCCUUAACAACAAGUUGACAGGAAUGGCUUUCAGAGUUCCAACUGUAGAUGUUUCAGUGGUUGACCUCACUGUUAGGCUUGAGAAAGGAGCUAGUUAUGAUGAGAUUAAAGCUGCUGUGAAGGAAGCAUCUGAGGGAAGUAUGAAGGGAAUCCUUGGUUACACAGAGGAUGAUGUUGUGUCUACUGAUUUUGUUGGUGACAACAGGUCAAGCAUUUUUGAUGCAAAGGCUGGAAUUUCAUUGAACAACAACUUUGUGAAACUUGUCUCUUGGUAUGAUAAUGAAUGGGGCUACAGCACACGUGUUGUUGAUUUGAUUCGACACAUGGCCUCAGUGUAAUGAUACACGGAACUUGGUCCAAACCUCAACCUUUUGCAGCAUGAAAUAAAAUGAAUAAAAUGAUAUCAACGAGCUACGAGGAGUUUGGUUCUUCAUUCGGCUGAUUUUUCUAUUAUAAGUAGUAGUGUUUGAAAUAUGUGACAAAAGUUCAAGUGAUUGUUGUCUAUUGCUUAGAACAACCUCAACUUCAGAAUAUUGUUGCCAAAGAUAGUUUUAAUUAGUAAUUUCCAAGUUAAGUUUUCUUUGGCAUUAAAAUUCUAGAGAAAUUUUGUAGUUUAAAUCUAUAUUAAUAAUAUCAAGAUUU